AUGGCCCAACGCGUCACCCUCCGCAAGCGCACUCCCUACAACACCACUUCCAACCGCCGUCGGGUGGUGAAGACUCCUGGUGGCAAGCUUGUAUACCACCACCUCAAAAAGCUCGCCACUGCGCCCAAGUGUGGUGACUGCGGUAUUGCGCUCCCUGGUGUCCCAGCCCUUCGUCCCCGUCAAUACGCUACCAUCUCCAAGACGAAGAAGACUGUUCGUCGGGCGUACGGUGGCUCACGAUGCGGUGACUGCGUGAAGUCGCGCAUCCUCCGGGCAUUCCUCGUCGAGGAGGCGAAGAUUGUCAAGAAGGUGAUCAAGUCGCAGGAGAAGGCUGGCCGCAAGUAA